AUGCUGCAGGAAGACCGGAGCCCUGUGSGAGCCGAUGGAAGCGAUAAGUUCUUUGGCAUGGAGAAUUAUGGAAACACAUGUUAUUGCAACUCCAUCCUACAAUGUCUAUACUAUUCGGUCCCCUUCCGAGAGUCCGUCAUAAACUAUCCGAAGCGCACGCCGAUCGAAUCGCUCGAAACUGCUCUUUCCAGAAACCUAAAAUACCAGAGUCCAGAAGCCUUCUUCGAAGCCGAAGCGGCCGCCGCAAAGGCAAAGCAUACGGCAGGUCAAUCGUCAUCUCGCAAUGCAGGCGUGACUCCGGUCCAGCCGCAGAAACCUGAAGACAAAGACUCGCCCGAGUAUAAGAAAAAGGUCGCUAUUCAAACGCUCCCGCUCCUCGAAACGAAAGAUAAUUCGGCGAGUUAUGGAAUGUCAGAGUCGCUAUUCACAUCGCUGAAAGAUAUCUUCGAGUCCGUGGUGGGCAGCCAGUCAAAACUCGGCGUUGUCAGGCCACACCAUUUUUUGGAGGUUCUUCGCCGUGAGAACGAGAUGUUCCGCACUGCAAUGCACCAAGACGCGCACGAAUUUCUGAAUCUUCUACUCAACGAAGUGGUCACAAACGUGGAGGCCGAAUCGAUGAAACAGAUUGAAAACUUCCCCACCGAUAACACCGAUUCCGAGCAAACUGUCGCCGUAACGGACUCAUCCACGACCUCCACCGGAACACAAGUGAGCGGUUCCACAGGAUCGAAGACACCCAAUACCACUCGCUGGGUGCAUGAAUUAUUCGAGGGUACAUUAACAUCAGAAACGCAGUGUCUGACUUGCGAGAAAGUUUCACAACGAGAUGAAGUGUUUUUGGAUCUAUCGGUAGAUUUAGAACAGCAUUCGUCAGUUACAUCGUGUUUGCGGAAAUUUUCCGCAGAGGAAAUGCUUUGCGAAAGAAACAAAUUCCAUUGCGACAACUGCGGUGGUUUGCAGGAAGCCGAAAAGCGCAUGAAAAUCAAGCGACUACCAAAAAUUCUUGCUCUGCACCUGAAGCGUUUCAAAUAUACAGAGGAUCUACAAAGACUACAGAAGCUAUUUCAUCGCGUCGUCUACCCCUAUCAUCUUCGCUUGUUCAACACUACGGACGAUGCCGAAGAUCCAGAUCGUCUUUACGAGUUGUACGCGGUAGUGGUGCAUAUCGGAGGCGGUCCCUAUCACGGUCACUAUGUAUCUAUUAUCAAAACCGAAGAUCGCGGCUGGCUAUUGUUUGACGACGAGAUGGUGGAACCGGUAGACAAGAGCUACGUGCGCAACUUCUUCGGGGAUCGACCGGGACUCGCCUGCGCUUAUGUUCUGUUUUACCAAGAAACCACCUUGGAAGCCGUACAACGAGAACAAGAGCAAGAAGGCCACAACCCAAUGAAUGGGGCUGCGGAUUUGAGGAACGAAAUUCCUCUGACUUCACCCCUCAAUCAUAUCCACACUUACACAGGACCGCCCGAAGAUGAAGCGCAUCGUUUGACGCCUCUGAGAGCUGUUCCCACCGCACCUCAAAUGUCAACUCAUCCAGAACAUGCAUUCUCGACGAGUCCUCCCGCACCUGUUCUGCCACAAAUUCCGGUGGAUACAGGAGCCAGCAAAAAAGCCGAAGCACAGUCUCGAAAGGAGCGGGCCAAAGAAGAUAAAGAACGAAAGGCGGCUGAAAAGGAAAAGGAAAAAGCCGACAGACUAAAACGCAAAGAGCUAGAGGCGAAGCGCAGGGAGGACUUGAAGCGCGAAGACGCCGAAAUGAAGGCCGUUCUUGAGCUCAGCAAGGCAACAAAAGCCGAAGAAGAUCGAAAGACCAGCACGGAGAAUGGAGAGAACGGACAACACAAAUCACUGGCAGGUGGUUUGAACCGGUUCCGACGAAGCAGCAAGAGCUUGAGUCAUAGAUUUGCAUUACCGAAAGAAGGCGGCAAAAGAGCAGCGUCAUCAGAAUUUGCACGCCCAGAUGUUCUUUCUGAGAAUGGCCAUCCUCCGGACAUGAAGUUGCACGAGCAUGUCAUUGAAGAGGAUGCCCCAGCGGAAACGCCGCCGCCACCUCGUAGCGCUAUUCCAGAAACAGUCACCCAGAUCCCUGCAAUUGCUCCUCGCAGCAAAGCCGACAAAACCGACAAAGCCGAUAAAGAUAAGGGCAACAAAUGGAAGGGUUUCGGAAUCAGGAAAAAAUCAAUGAGCUUACUGGGCUGA